AGGCAGUUGCACCAGCAACCGACGUACCCGAAAUGUAAUGAUAAUAGCAAAUAAAAUAUUUCCCGAAACAAUUAAAAUAUUGCAAGCAAUUCAUCACUCUCAGCCUCCCCAGCUCCUUUAAAUCCUUCCACCUGCUUGAGACUUCACACCAAUGAACUAAGAAGAACAGAACACAAACCCCUACUUUUGUCCUGCAUCUGCUAGCUAGCCCCAUUUCUACUUCAUGGAUUCAAAGAAGUCUAACAAGAUCAGAGAGAUUGUUAGGCUCCAACAGAUCCUAAAGAAGUGGAAGAAGCUAGCAAAUGCCCCUAAAAACACAAACCCCAGCACCAAUUCAUCCUCAACCAAUAGCACAAAUAGUCUCAACAGUUCUACUUCUAUUAGCAGCAGCAGAAGCAUGAAGUUUAUUAAGAGAACACUCUCCUUCUCAGAUGUCUCAGCGGCUCAAAACGACGUUGUACCGAAAGGGUUUCUUGCCAUUUGUGUUGGGAAGGAGCUGAAGAGAUUCAUCAUCCCAACUGAGUACUUGGGGCACCAAGCUUUUCGGAUUCUGCUCCGGGAAGCCGAAGAGGAGUUCGGGUUUCAGCAAGAAGGUGUGCUCAAGAUUCCAUGUGAAGUGACUGUAUUUGAGAAGAUCUUGAAGGUGGUUGAAGAGAAAAGGGAGGUGUUCUUCUUGCACAAUGAGUUUGGAUUCAUUAAUGCAGAGAAAGACAAGAUUGAUUUUUGCUCCUCCCCAUCAGAUUGUGAGCUUACACCUUCUCAUCACCCCCAAAUGUGUAGAUGAUAACGCUCUUGAUUUUGAGUACAUGUUCUUCACCAUAUUUUUCGUCUUUCUUUUGCAUCAUUUUGUGAAGAUAAAUGUAAUGGAAAGAGAGCACAGUGUGAUUAGAGGAGGAUUUAGAGAUGAAUUAAUAAUAAGGUAGAUUUCAUGUUCUGCAGGGGAGUUAUUAGCUUACUAGUUGGAUUGGAUAUCAUUAAUCAAGAUCCAAGUAAGCUAUGUUGUAUCUAUCUACCACCACUUUUAGUGCAAGGGAUAUGAAGUUUUCAUCAUUCA